AUGGCGAACUACGACGACUAUGAAACCAAUCUAAUGGAGGACGAGUACGACGACCUUGAUGAUUUUAUCGUUGGAAGCGAUAAUGAGGGAGAGGAGGAGGAGCUUCCGGAUGCUGAGGAGGAGGAACAAGCUGAAGAAGAACAACAAGUAGAAGAAGCGGUUGAGGAAGAAGAGCCUCCGGUUGGCGUGCAAGAGAUCCUUUCCAUAAGGGAGCAAUUAAAGGCCAAAUACAGGAAACAACAUCUGUCUGCCGGCGCCGGGACCUCCAGCUGCUCGCCGUCUGUGCAAGAGCCGGCCAGGUCCAGAUUUGGCACCUUCUUUGGGCCAUCCACGCCUGCACUUGCUCCUCGACUGAUCGAAGCAGGGAGCUCAUCGAUCAUGAGGGAGAUUCAGAACGUACCGUCAAGAAGAGAUGCUGCUCCGUCGUCUUCGAAAUCGGAGCCAAAUGCAAGCGACCAUGAGCAGAAACCUAAGAUCAUAACAAAGGUUAAACGAAAGGUUGACACCCUUAGAGAGAACAGGGACUACUCGAACCUCUUCUCAGACGAUGCUGAUACACCUGCUCCCCCAACGAAGGAACAGCAAGAAUCUAAGCCUGUUGUGUCCCCCAAAACUGAGGUCGAGGUCUGCAGCAGACCAAUGCAAGCUGCUGGAAAAAACAACAAUGUGCACGCAGGCCAGCCUACCAGAACACCAAAGGACCAUGGAUCCGUUCAGGUCCGUGUACAGAGCAAGGUGUCUUCUCAGGUGAAGAAGCAGCCACUGCCACUACCAAACGGGAGAAAGACGAAUCCUUCAGUCAGCAGCGGAUCCAGACCGUCCAACGUCAAGAAAGCUCCUGGGUUGCAGGCAUCCUCUAAUGGCCAAAACCUGCAGCGUCCGUUGCAGAGCAAGAGGCCACAGGCAUCGCCUGCUGGUCAGAAGCAGCUUCCGUCACAAGCCCAACGGCCGCCUCAGGGUCAGAGGCAUCAGAACCAUGUCCCGCCAUCGUCGCAAGUUCGAAGGGUGAAUUCGUCUGUGCAAAGCCUGCAGCAUUCUGCACAGACGGGAUCUGCCCUGCCUCAGGACAGACAAAAAAUGAUACAAAAACGGCCGGUUCCAUCCUUAAAACCAAAGCCAUCUCCAACAAGUGCCGUUUACAAUGCUCACGGCAAGACAAAGGUUGGACUGAAAAGGAAACUCAGUGAAGAGGAGAGAGUUCGUCAGUUGGUCAGAGAGACGAUAAAGUACAAUCCGGCUAAAUACGCUGGCAGAGAUGAGGAUGAUAGAAACAUGGUAGCAGGUUUUGCCAGCAUACAGAUGGAAGAGAGAAGAAGUGCAAAGCUUGGAAGAAAGGAGGAUCAAGAGCAAUUGCUCAUGAUUCAGGAAGAAGAGAGGCGUGAACGGGCAAAGAAGAAGAAAAAGCAACCGGCACAAUCGUAGAAGAUUUAGGGCCCUAGUAGCCAUAAAUUGUGCACCUCUAUUGCCUAAUUUCCAGGCAUAUAUAAAGUUAAGGAUUGUAAUAUCUCAUGAGUAUGAGAUGACUCUUACAUUUUGAUGGUUCAUCUUAGUUCAGCAAGAGACCUCGACAC